GCCCAAUCACUUCUCCCUCACCAUAGGCGAUAUUAUUUCUCCUUCGCCGGUCUCUUCUGACACCGCCUGACCUCCUCGCGAGCGGCGGCCAUGGCGUCCACCACCGUCAAGCUCAUCGACAUCGCCGUCAACUUCACUGAUGGCAUGUUUAAGGGAAUGUACCACGGAAAGCAGUGCCACGCAGCCGACAUCCCCGCUGUUCUCGCACGAGCCUGGGCUGCCGGCGUCGACCGCAUCAUUGUCACCGGAGGAUCACUCAAGGAGUCCAGGGAGGCGCUCGAAAUCGCCGAGACCGAUGGGAGGCUGUUCUGCACCGUGGGUGUCCACCCGACAAGAUGCGGGGAGUUUGAAGAGAGUGGAGACCCUGAAGGGCAUUUCCAGUCCCUGUUGGCUCUGGCAAAAGAGGGCAUCCAGAAGGGCAAGGUUGUGGCGGUUGGCGAAUGUGGCUUGGAUUAUGAUAGACUUCACUUUUGUCCUUCAGAUGUACAGAAGAAGUACUUUGAGAAACAAUUUGAGUUGGCUGAGGCAGUAAAGCUGCCAAUGUUUCUUCACAUGCGUGCUGCUGGUGAAGACUUCUCCGAAAUUUUAUCGCGAAAUGGGUACAGAUUCCCAGGUGGGGUUACACAUUCCUUCACUGGUACUGCAGAAGAACGUGACAAGCUCCUUUCUUUUGAGAAGAUGUUUAUAGGUAUUAAUGGCUGCUCUCUGAAGACUAUUGAAAACCUUGAGGUUGUACGAGGCAUUCCUGCAGAGAGGAUGAUGGUAGAAACAGAUUCUCCAUACUGUGACAUUAAAAAUACUCAUGCUGGAAUCCAAUUUGUAAAAUCUGUCUGGCCAUCCAAGAAGAAAGAAAAGUAUGAACCUGGGUCAACAGUUAAGGGUCGCAAUGAGCCUUGCCUAGUCAGGCAAGUCCUUGAGGUUGUCGCUGGAUGCAAAGGAAUUGCUGAUAUAGAAGGCUUGAGUAAAACUCUGUACCAUAACACAUGCAGGCUCUUCUUCCCUCAUGACCUUGAUGCUUCUGCCGAUGCACAGCUUGAGGGUGGUACUGGCACUGAUGUCCAGCCUAGCUGAUGAGGCAGAGUAAAUGGUUUUGAAACAUUUUAUCAUGCCUGCUAUUCAGUUUUGUGUUGCAACAUGACCGUCUUAAAUAUUUUCGUUGUCGUAAAAUUCUUGUACUUUCACAA